GCCUCCCCUGGCCUUGGCGGCCUGGCCUUAAUCCCCCAUUUUCUUCCCCCCUAAUUGGAAAAAAGUUUCCCUCUCUUUGUCAUCAUCAGCUGUCUACUUCUUCGUAUUGUAAUCCACAUUCCUCCGAUUCCACUUCCGCUACUGCUAAUCCAUCUUCUCCGUCUCCGGGCAGGCAGGCAGGCAGGGGAGAUGUGCCCUCUCCGCAUCAUACUCGUCUUCCUCUCCGCCACUCUCGCCGGCUUCUUCCUCGUCCGCAACCUCAACUCCUCCCAAGCUCCUCUUCCCGACGACCGCGGCGAUUCCACCCACUCAUCUUCCACUACUCGAUUCACCAAGAUCCGGUCAGCUGUGGAGUCCGGGUUCUGGACCUGCGUUGACAUGGCUAGUGGUCGCUACCUCUGGAGGCAUCUCACCUCUUCCGCUUCCAAACCUUGCAAUUCAUCCAAUUAGCCUGUUUCACCCAAGUUUGCGAUGAACGCUCUUACCCUUUGUGUUCCAUUUUGUGUUAAUGGAUGGGGGGAUUGCUUAUACUAGUUCCUGGGAAUUGACAGAUAGUGGCGUGAUAUCGCAUACCUCUUGUUGUGUGUGUCGUUGAUGAUAGUGUUGUUGUAUGUUAGUGCGUUCCCUGUGGUGCUAAACUGCCAUUUGAAGCGUUGGUUAGCAUUGUAAUUAGUUCUAAAUAUAAUCAAAGUGUUUUACAUCUUCCACACUUGCACACUGUCUUUGACUCAUUAAAUUUCCC